AUGCGGCCUCGACUCACCCUGCGCCGCCUGCUCCAGCGGCCCGUGAGGCGAUGGGCCGGCUCCUCUCGCCGAUUCACCCAGAACUCGCCCUCCUUCAGCCGCGGCCGGCCUCAGUUGCCCUUCCUCGGCAUCCCGCUGUCCACCCGCCAGCAGUUCCGCUACCUCACCACCGAGCGCAAGCAAUGGAUCCGCUACGAAGUGCUCCUCAGCCUCAAGUACACCGUCUACAUCUGGGCCAUGGUCAGCUGUGUCACCAUCGCCGCCUUCGCCGUGCAGCAGGAGUGGCAGGAGCGCGAGCACCCCACGCCCCCCGAGUGGAGCUACAUCACGCGCAUGCGCAUGCGCGGCGCCUUUUUCGAGCUGAACCGCAAGGACGUCAGCCGGACCGACUACGUGCAGGUUUUGCAGAUGCUCCUCGAUGUACUGGAGAGGCUGGAAAACCCAAAGAUCGACGGCGCCGACAUCGCCGAGUCCGGAGUGGGUGGCAUCGUCGGCGAGGAGGCUGUCAGGGCAUUCCCGGGAGCCAAAGACCUCAGCAAGAAGAGCGAGCAGUGGAGAAGGGGAUAUUUUGAGACACUUCUGGCCGCUGCCCAGGCUGCGGAACACGUCGAGGGCUGGGUCAAGGAUAGGACGCGAGGCAUAGUCUUCCCCCCCGAGGUCGUCAUCGGACCGUCCAACCCCAGACCGAAGCCUAUACCCCCAGGAGCCAAGAGCGCACCGAGAGAGGAGGACUGCGACCCCAUGUUCCCUUCGCCAGCACAGCUAUACAACAAGCUCAUGUGCACUGACGGCCUGACCCGGAGACAGCACCUCGAGACUGUCCUCUCUUUCGCCUCGUGGGCGGCUUACAGGGAGAUGCCUCUGGCGUCUAGCCUGUACCAGAGCGCACUGUACAUCGCUCUGCCGGAAGAGGAGGCUUCAAAGAUCAACGUCGAAAAGUGGGUGCAGAGUCUGUCGCGCAGCGGCCUCACCACCUCACCAUCCUCCAACAUUCUCGAGGCCCUGACGGGCUACGCCACCUAUACCGCGCGGAAGGGCGACGUGUCCGAUGCUCUGCCGCUCUUCAUCACUUUGCUCAAGGCGCGCCAGUCCCUACCGGAUACCUCGCCCAAGGUCCUCGCUGACCGGGCGUUGGAGGCGGGCGAGAACGAGAACUUGGCGCAGAAAACACUGCACGCAGUCAAGGCCUUCGUGAAGCCACCGGUGUACCCGCCACCGCCCAGCGACGGCACAGAGCUUCCGGUCCGUGACGAGAAGGAGCGCUGCCAGGAAGCUGCGCUUCACUUGCACAUUGGAGAGAUCAUGUACACGGCGCGAGACUCUGCCCGGGAAGAGGGAGUCGCCUGGACGAGAGAGGGCGUGGACAUCGCAGAGGAGCAGCUGCACAAGCUUGGCUCAGCGACGAAGAACAUCACCGCCAAGACUACAUGCCGCGAGUGCUUGGCCACUGGACUCGAGAACUGGCAGACCAUGGUGGCGAGGCUGGCCAAGGAGGAGCAGGAAAAGAAGGGCUCUGCGCAGAAGUCGGGCUGGUUCGGUCUCUGGAGAGACGGCAAGAACGAGGCGGCGGAAGGCAGGUGGGCCGCGGAAGAGAAGGUCGCCAAGGACAGGUUACGAAGAGCUCAAGACCUGUUGGAGGACCCCGAGGCGCCGGUUCGAGGCGCGAGUUCUAUACUUCACGCAUAG